GGGGCCUGCCCUCCUAGGGAGGCUUCGGUAGUUCGGGACUACAGGUAUCGCCAUUUCCACGCGCCCUCUUUCAAAAUGGCGGCUAGAAGGAAGUUUGCAGUGAGGACGAACGCGAAGUUAUAACUUUUAAGGACGUCAGCGCAACUUCCGGUCUGCUGGCAAGAUGGCUGCGCCCAGAGGUGGUUUGCAACCUCGUGAACGGCGUUUUGCGGUGCAGGAGCAGGACUGGGAUAACGCGCCGCCUAAGAGGCCCCGGCUUGGGGCAGGAAGCAAGAGCGGAGGCCGUAGGCUCAUUGUGGUGCUGGAAGGGGCCAGUCUGGAGACAGUCAAGGUAGGGAAAACUUACGAGCUACUCAACUGUGACAAGCACAAGUCCAUGUUGUUGAAGAAUGGACGGGACCCAGGGGAAGUCAGACCAGACAUCGCCCACCAGAGCUUACUGAUGCUGAUGGACAGCCCCCUGAACCGCGCUGGCUUGCUACAGGUUUAUAUACACACACAGAAGAAUGUACUGAUUGAAGUAAACCCCCAGACUCGGAUUCCUAGGACCUUUGACCGCUUCUGUGGCCUCAUGGUUCAGCUUUUACACAAACUCAGUGUCCGAGCAGCUGAUGGCCCUCAGAAGCUUUUGAAGGUAAUUAAGAAUCCAGUGUCUGACCACUUCCCAGUUGGCUGUAUGAAAAUUGGCACUUCCUUUUCCAUGUCAGACGUCAGUGAUGUACGAGAGCUGGUGCCCAGUAGUGACCCAAUUGUUUUCGUGGUGGGAGCCUUUGCCCAUGGCAAGGUCAGUGUGGAGUACACAGAGAAGAUGGUGUCCAUCAGCAACUAUCCACUGUCCGCCGCCCUCACCUGUGCCAAACUUACCACAGCCUUUGAAGAAGCCUGGGGCGUCGUUUGAGAACAGCGGAGCGUAGUUCUCAGACAGGACUCUUGGCAUUGUCUGUUGACUCCUAAGGUGUUUGUUGGAAGAUAAUCUUCUGUACCAAGAUGGCAGAGCUGGGAGCCAAGACUGUUUGUUUUUUGUUUUAACUAUAAAGACUGUGCUUUUUUCUUUUUUGCAAACCUGAUUGUUUUGAGGGUUCUUAAACUCAGCAGUACAUGGUAGUGUAAACUGUCCCCCUUGGUGUCUGGUGUUCCGGACUUUGAAAGGAGUUCCUGAUUUCCUAGGUUCUUGUGUUCUCAAAGAGACACCCUGAGGACCUCAGCUUCAGCAAGCACAGAGAACACGUAUGAAAGAAAGCAGUCAGGAUGCUAGCAGUGAAAAAAACUGAACAACAGAAGUGACUUUAUCUGGUAUAGUUCCAAGGUAGAAAAAGUGGAGCAGGCAGGGCCUUGUACCCUCCCUCCCCCCAUGGGGGGGCGGCGGUAUCGGCACAUAGACAAUCGUAGUAGAUUGGCAGAGGAGAAACACAACAAGUUCCUGGCUAGAGGGAAGAGAUAAGGCAACGUGCAUGGGGGAGUCCAAAGGGGGUGCAGCCCCUCUGCUCCUCCCACAAGAGCUUCCCCUUUGGCCCGGUGAAGACUUGGCUGUAGCAGAGGCACAGCUGGGAGGGCACAGCUCCUGACAUCUGCUCUGGGGUGAGGAGUGCUGUGAGAAGGGAGACAAGUAGUUUCUGCACCAGUCCAGCUCUCGGCCACCUAAAAGGCAAGGUGAGUGGUUAGAGGGUUGGCCAGAACGGCACCUGGCCCCUUCUUAGCAAGUGAAGCAGUAUCCUACAGAGCACUCACUCCCUAGUGGGCAAGCCGUGUUCAUCGAGAGUCUCCUGUACCGCAUCUUACACCCGCCGCCGCCACCUGUAGAUUGUUUACUUACCAGGGAAAUGCACUAUUCCCUUUUCUUCAACUUCUCUUUCCUUGGCACCAUUGCUCUGUGAACGUAAGGCAGUAUGAGCAGGAGGGUCAAGAAGAAGGUGUGUCCAAGGAAGUAGAUGGAUCUGUACACCUGUGGAGACAGGCCACAGACACGGUUGGGAGGGUGCUUAUGCCUCACUGUUGCAGGUUUUGGUGACUGGCAGCCUUGUAAUAGGUCUUUACUACCUUAAGCCAUUUGUCCCACGUGAAGAGACAGAAGGCCGUCAUGGAGUAACCCAUGAAAAGCCAGUGGAUGGUCUGUUGCACCAAGUAGUAGACGGGCUGCAGGGCAGUGAUGGAAGCCAGGCUGCUCAGGGUGGGGCUCUCCCGAAUGAGGCUGGCGGCCUGGGGAAGGAGGAGAGAGAUCAUCAGUCUUGUCCUCACCCCCAGCCCGUGUCCUACCACCCUUGAGUCAUACCUGCUUUUCCACAAUAACUAUGAGGAACUCCAUCUGGAAGCAAAUCAGGUAUCCCGAGUGUAGGCCGUGCCAGAGAGCCAAGAACAGCAAGGAGAGACCCUGUGAGAGUUCUUUAUUUCCAAGAAACUUGAGGCGUUUGAAGAUGUAACUAGAGAAGAGGGUGAGUAAGGAUGAACCUCAGACUUGACUCCUGCUUCUGGGGCGCCGGGCCCCAGGAGUGGAGUGCUGACUGGCUCCCACUUGUGGCCACUGAGGGUACAGGAAGCAGUGCUAGAGGUGGGGGAACGCCGU